AUGUCGUCUUCUCCGACAAUUCAAGCCUCACCUGAAGAGAAUUCCAUCGCAAGAGCAGAAAAAGUAAUAUUUCAAUGUGUGGAUUAUGAAAAGAUGAUGUUGUUUGAUGGUAAUCAUCAUCAAGAAUCUGAAGAGUACUUACGAGCUGUUGAUGAGAUUCAGAAGAGCUUGAAAUUUUGUGCUGUGUCCAGUAGUACUGAUCGGAAUGAUGAUCAGAAUAAAGCAAUUCAGGUAGCUAUGGCAAGAUUAGAGGGUGAGUUCAAGAAUUUACUGAAUUCGCAUAGUAAGAUCAUAGAAACUGAAUGGCUUCUCAGUAUGAACUCAAUAGAUUCAAGAGGUGGUAAAAGUUCUGCAAGAUCAUUACAUAAAAGCUUAAGCUUUGAUUAUAUGGUCCCAGGAGAAACCGAGUCAGAGUCCAGUACUCAAUCAAGUAAAGGAAGUGGAAUUAGUACUGCGAUAAACGAUCUUCGUCGUAUUACAGAAAGAAUGGUUGGUGCAGGUUAUACCAGGGAAUGUGUCCAAGGGUAUACCAAGAUUAGGAAAUUAGCUAUCGAGUCAUUUCUCCAUCAUUUAGAUUUUCAGAAUCUUAGUACUUCUGAGAUGCAGGAAUUGAAAUGGGAUGUUUUGAAUGACAAGAUAGAUAUAUGGAUUCGUGCAGCAAAUUCCUGUAUAAAGAUUCUGUUUGCAAGUGAGAAGACACUGUCUGAGCAGAUUUUCAAAGGCUUUGAAUGGAUGAAUGGUCCUGCAGACGAGGGCUGUUUUUAUGAGACUGUCCAAGGGUUUGUCGUUCAAUUGUUAAAUUUUGUUAAUGGGAUUAGAACUCCUGAGGGGCUUCUUCAAAAUCCUCAAAAGUUUUGCAAAAUAUUGGACUUGCAUGAUUCUGUGUCAAAGCUUAAACCCGAUAUUGAAGAGGUGUUUCAUUCACAGUUCUGGGCAGGUUUUCGGGGAAAUGUGGAUGAUAUUAUCACAAGUUUGGCUGGUGCUGCUAGAGGGUUGUUGAUUGAGUUCGAAAAAUGUGUUAUAGAAUAUUCGGAGAAGCAUUCGGUACUAGGUGGCACAAUUCAUCCCUUAACGAGGUAUGUCAUGAAUUUUAUCAGUUUGGCUUCAGAUUACAAGGAUACACUUGUUGAGCUAAUUGUGUCAAACCCUGUAAUUGAGUUAGAACCAAGUCACCCCAUAGCAUCUAACUUGUGGUUACUGGAUACCGAGAAUAAAUCACCUUUAGCAGUUCAUAUGGUUUGGAUCGUAUUGAAUUUGGUUCAGAAUCUAGAUGUUAGAUCUCAGCGUUCCCCAGACCUGGCAAUGUCACAUUUGUUCAUCAUGAGUAAUACACAUUACAAUGUGAAGAAAGUUAAAGAAGGGUCAGAGGUACUCAGGGAAAUGAUUGGUGACAAAUGCUUAGAAAAGUUGUCACUGAAAAUUAAGGAUUCAGCUAGGCAUUACCGAAGCCAUACUUUGGGAACGAUUCUAGAUAGUUUGACAGAGGCCGGCUUACGUGAGGAAGGAACAUUCUUCUCCGGUGUUUCCAUAAAUCUAUUAAGAGAACGGUUCAAUCGUUUCAAUUCCAUCUUUGGUGAUGUGCACCGAAAUCAAGUCACGUGGUCUGUACCAGAUGAGGAACUUCGAAAGGAACUUCGCCUUUCUUUAUCACAGAUAUUGGUCCCAGCCUACCGACAUUUCUUAGGUCGGUAUAGAGGCCAGAUAGAGAAGGGGAAACACCCCGGGUUAUACAUCAAAUAUGAAGCAGAGGAAGUUGAGGAUGCUGUCAUGGGUUUCUUCCAACAGAACCAGAUCCCUCAUAGUUUAUAG